GCCAAAACGCUUAGGACUCGGGCCGUGUUAAUCGACAGUCAGAUAGGAAUGAUAUCGCAAAAGGCUGUCGAUCUUCUUGUCGAGAUGUCAGCUCCAUUCGUCGAAGACGCCAUCAGACUACUGCUUCGUCGUGGUAUACCGACCACGUCGCUUUUCCAAUUCCCUACAAGAAACGAACUUCUGGUUGUCGAAGAGAAAUUCUUAAGGCUUGAAGCUGACAUAGACUUUCCAGUGGCCUACUAUUAUUCCCCUGUUGCACCUAAAUUACGAUCUAGUCCAUAA